AUGAAUUUACAUAAUAAGCUCCAAAUAUAUGAUAUUUUCGGUAAAAAAGAUUUCAUCGGAAAUUUACCUGAUCACAUUCUUCAUCAUAUUCUUUCGUUAAUGCCUACUAAAAAUGCUGUUGCAACUUCCAUAUUAUCCAAAAGGUGGAAGUAUUUGUGGAUGGAUUUAUUUGCAUUUAACUUUGCAAUUUAUCGCAACCAAAGUGACAGCGGAAUUUGCAAUCCAACAAAUCAUCUCUUAGAUCUUGUUCAUAGAUUACUUCACAGAUCUAAUAGUCGUCCAAUUAGUCUCACCAUUGCAAUGUAUGGUAGCGGAAUUACCGUUGAUCCAGUCAAGCUUCAUUGUUUUUUAUCUGAUCCAAACAUGUACAAAGUUGAAGAACUCGAUAUUUCUCUAAAUUUAAAGUCUAAUCCGUUUAUAUUACCACAAAGCUUCUCAACUUGUGCAUCAUUCAACAAUUUAUAUUUACAACUUGAAUGUGUUCUAAAUGUUCCGAGUUGCAUUUGUUUUUCUAAUUUGAAGAUGUUAAAUAUUUCAUCGGUUACAUUUUCAAACGAUAAUUCUCUUCAAAAACUUCUCUCCGGAUGUGUUGUCCUCCAAGAAUUAAUCAUGUUUGGUUGUGGUUGGAAUAACAUAAAGCAGGUCAAUAUUGCAAUGUCAACAUUAAGGAAAUUAAGCAUGGACUUCAACUAUCCAACGGAUGAUGAGCUUUUCGGUUCUAAAAUUGAGAUUGAUGCGGUGAAUCUUUUAUCUUUCACAUGCUCAGGCUUUUUAACGGUUGAAGUUUCCCUUGUUAACCUAGCCUCUAUAGUUGAUGCAUAUAUUGAUCUUCAGAUUUACUUUCCAUUAAAUCAACCAUAUAUUGCUGCUCAUGAAAUUAAACUAUUGACUGGACUUCAUCAUGUCAAAUCUCUUCGGCUAUCAAAUGAUACUCUCCAGUGUCUUUUCAUUGCACAAGAUAAUUUCCAUGUUCUUCCUUCAUUCUAUGAUUUGAAACGUCUUGAUGUGAAUUUUGGAACUGUUACUGGUUAUACAAAUGCAUUUCUAAUGGAUUUUCUCAAAAAGACUCCAAAACUUGAAGAGCUUGAGAUUCCUAAUGGAUUUCAUCCAAACACUUGCAUGCAUGGUGAAGAGUGGAUAAUGGAUUCAGUGCCUUGGUGUUUCAAAACUUGUCUCAAUUUAUUUUGCUUUUCUAAUUUUGAUGGAGAUGAAGCUGAAAUCCAGUUCCUGAAGUUUAUAUUAGAAAAUGCCCCAUUUUUAAAAAAUAUUUAUAUAUACGGUUCAAACAAUUUACAGGCCGAUUUGAAGAAGCAGACUGAUAUUUAUGACCGAUUGGAAUCUAUGGGUCUGCAAAAUUGGAUCAUAAAGUGA